GAUCGAUACGUAAUAACAUUCGGACAAACAUCGUGACUGUAGAAGGAUAUCGAUAUUCCGAUUCGGCAAUGGUUUAAUAUUCAAAAUAUCUAUGAAUAAAAGUGUGACAAUAUGCGGAAAGGUGUGCAUAUUUGCCCGAUGAUAGUGUUAUAUCGUUCGUAUGUUUGUAUGUUUUGAGAAAUGGUAUUCAAACUAUUGAUUUUGAGAGGAAGAACCUUCACACUACUCUUGAGCUCCAAAAAAUUCUGUUUUAUAUUACUGUCGCUGCUUUUUUUGUGUUUUCUUUUCUUGGAGAAGGAACAAGAAGCGUUUGAAAAUAUAGUCGUGAAAGAAACCCUCAAAUUCAAGAAAUAUGACGGGAGCUGGAGGAAUCUAUCUGACAAAGAGAAAAGUCGAUUGUCAGUGCUUGGUCGCAUAUUGUACUUGGAAGAAGAGCGACCGCCUCAGAAGGACCGACAAUUUCAGGUUCUAUUCUGGAAAUAUGGAAAAUACGUCACGAACAGACAUUUGAACUUCUACACUAAAGAGAAACACAACCCCUUACAAGACUGCUCAGUCAAUAACUGCAAGUUCUCCUUUGAUGAUCGUGACCUUCACAAAGCAGAUCUUGUGGUCUUCCACCUUCACAGGACUAAAGGCCUCGAAGAUCUGCCCUCGGAACACAAAAAAGACCAGAUCUGGACCUUCCUGACCGACGAGAGCCCUCACCACACCUUUCUUGGCUCAAAGCUGAAGAUCCAACUCUUCAAUGGAAAAUUCAACUGGUCCAUGUCAUACAGAAUGGACUCCGACAUACCGGUACCUUAUGGCAGAACCAGAAAACUGGCAACGACCGUAGGGUUCGAGACGGAGGAGCUGUUUGAAAAAAGAAGGGACAAGCUGGUGACCAUCCUAGGCUCAAACUGCGGCGGCAAGAACCAUCGCUGGCAGUACGUGAAAAAAUUGAACAUGACCAUACCUGUGGAUGUUUACGGAGGUUGUGGCAAUAAGACGGCAUGUCCAGGACAUUUCAAAAGCGAUUGCCCAGCUAUCAACAAAUACUUGUUCUAUCUCUCCUUCGAGAACUCUGAUUGCAGGGAAUACAUAACUGAAAAAGUGUUCUGGAAUGGCUACCACAAAAACUCAAUUCCUGUAGUGAUGGGAUACAAUAAGAAAACAUAUGAAAAACUACUGCCACCAAAUUCUUUCCUCCAUGUAGACGACUAUGCAAGUCCAAGUGAUCUGGCUCGUAUGAUCCUAUCCCUCAAUGAAACAGGGAAAUUCAUGGAUUAUUUUCAAUGGAAAAAAAACUACGAGGUGGUUAACGAACACGGAUACUUCAAGAGUAAAUCUUACCAUUUAUGCAGAAUUUGUGAAGCUUUAAAUUUCAAUAAUAGAACUUUGAAGGUUUAUGAUAAGUUGGAGGAUUUUUGGAGCGAAAACAGAGAUUGUAGUGACGUAUGAGGGGCCAAAUUGUUAGUUCUGUUGCUCCAAAUCCCAAAUGUUUCCAUAUAUUUAUAUAUUAUUGAGUCUGUGAAUGUUAGUAUCCUAAUUUUAUAUAUCUUUACCAGUAUUGUAAAAUUACAACUUAUUUACCAAAGAAACGAAAUUACGUCGUUAAAUAAUAUCCAAGCA